CAAUUUAUAGGUGACAUCCACGGCCAGUACUACGACCUGUUGCGACUGUUCGAGUGCGGAGGCUUUCCACCCGAGGCUAACUACCUAUUUCUGGGCGAUUAUGUCGAUCGGGGAAAGCAGUCCAUCGAAACCAUAUGCCUAUUACUGGCCUAUAAACUCAAAUACCCGGAGAACUUUUUCCUGUUGAGAGGCAAUCACGAGUACGCCUCCAUUAACCGCAUCUAUGGCUUCUACGAUGAAUGCAAACGACGCUAUAAUAUAAAGCUAUGGAAAACAUUCAUCGAUUGUUUCAAUUGCCUUCCGGUGGCGGCCAUUGUGGACGAGAGGAUCUUCUGCUGUCACGGAGGGCUCAGCCCUGACCUCCAGUCCAUGGAACAGAUCCGACGCAUACAACGGCCCACCGAUGUGCCCGACACCGGACUACUGGCCGACCUGUUGUGGGCCGACCCCGAUAAGGACAUCAAGGGCUGGGGUGAGAGCGACCGGGGCGUGUCGUUUAUGUUUGGGGCCGAUGUGGUGGCAAAGUUCCUCCAUAAGCAUGAUAUGGACUUAAUUUGCCGGGCUCAUCAGGUGGUUGAGGACGGGUACGAGUUCUUUGCCAAACGCCAAUUGGUGACCAUAUUCUCUGCGCCCAACUAUUGCGGGGAGUUUGACAACGCGGCCGCUCUUAUGACAGUCGAUGAGACCCUCAUGUGUUCAUUUCAGGCGAGUAUUUUCAUCCGGAUCAUUGUAACACAAAGUCUUUGCCUUCCAGUCGUGCCUUUACAGUGAUUAUGGAUCAGCUAUUGGGUGAUAGUGUGGACAGUUGGAUGUGAUGCCGAUGAGCGCGCACUCACUCGUGGAUUUAUGACCAUGCGCAUAUUAAUUUUUAUUAGUUUAUAAACCGUGUAUUGUUUUUGUAUUAAUUAUGUUUUGUUCAUAUUUUUGUUUUGAUUAGAUAUUGAAGCCCAUGAAUAAGAAGAAAUAUAG